CUUCUCCCUCACCCUGAAGCUCUGGGACACUUACAUCUUGGAGGGUGAGCGUGUGCUCACGGCCAUGGCCUACACCGUGCUCAAACUGCACAAAAAACGCCUCCUGAAGCUGCCUCUGGAAGGCCUGCGGGAGUUCCUGCAGGACGGGCUGUGCCAGCCCUGGGCCCUGGAGGAUGACGUGGUGCUCAGGCACCUCCGGGCCUCGAUGGUGGAGCUGCAGAGGAUGAAAUGUGACCUGCCUCCCCCAGCCAAACCGGAGGAGUUCCCCACCUUGCCCCUGGGCCUGGAGCGAGCGUCCCCGGAGCCCAGGCCUGUCCUCGCCUCUCCCGGCUGUGAGAAGCUGCCCAGUGAGGCCGGGCUGACCCUCCCCCACCUACCCGUCGAGCACGAGCGGCCAGGACCCUCGCCUGCCCAGGUUGUCCCCGAGGCCGAGGAGCCACAGAAUGAGGGGGCCUCCACAGGGCCCACAGCUGCUCACACCUCUCUCGGGGCCCCAGAGGCUCCGGGUCUGGCCUGCCUGCCCCCGGCCCAGGACAGCUCUAGGGAUCGGCUGCAGCCACGGUGUUUCACUUCCCUCCCGAACCUCCCAGGGAAUCACGAAGCCGCGGACAGGUGGCCCCCAGCCGUGGGCUCUGAGCUGGAACGCUGGGCGUCUCUCCCUUUACUGCCCGCCUGGGCCACCCCCAGGGCCACAGGACAGGCUCAGCCCUGCAUCCCCACUGGGGUCCCAGUGACAGGCCCCAUCCAGCCUGACGAGGACCAAGCCACAGGGCCCAGGACACCCCUCCUGCCCUGUGACGCCUGCAGCCGAUGCCCCUCUCAGGGUGGUGAAGGGCACAGUGGAGAUGAAGCCCUGGCAAGGCCCGGCGAGCUACCCCGAGGCCCCGACUGUCCCCUCCACCCCCUGACCUCCAUGUCUGCAAGGAAGCUGGAGGCUUGGCACCCUCUAGAGGGGAGUGUGAUGGAGAGGGCGAUGGCCCUGAAGCGCCCGGCAUCCAGCAGCAGCGUGCCCCAGGUCUUCAUGCUGGCCUCCCUGGAGGACGGUGCCCCCCUCCCACAGAGGGGCCUGGCCUGGCCCGAACCCAGGUCCUGGGAAGACAGGGGCACCAUGAGUGCUCCCCCAGCCGGGAUGAAGACAGUGGGGACCGAACCCCCCCCAUGUCCCUGGCCAGUCCUGGUCUCUGGCCAAAGCAGGGCCAGGUCUCUCUGAGGAGUGUGUGGCCACCUGGGGCCUGGGCAUGCCCCACAGGGCCACAUCGGUGAUCUGAGGCAGCUCUAGGAGCAUCAGGCCACCCCAGCA